ACUGUGCCUUAAAAUGACUUCGUUUUAUGAUGAAAUUGAAAUUGAAGAUAUGGAAUUUAAUGAAGAAGACCAAGUUUAUACAUAUCCUUGUCCCUGUGGAGACAAGUUUGAAAUCUCAGUGGAUGAUUUAAGGGAUGGCGAUGAUGUUGCUCGUUGUCCUUCUUGCUCUUUGAUUAUUCGAGUUAUUUAUGAUCCCGAUGAAUUUGCAGAUGAAGACGAUGAAGAAACAUCAUACGAAAUAGAUACAAGUAUUCCAGUAGCUUAAACACAUACAUACACAACUAUACAUAUAUGCUUAUUUGACAGCAUACCAUACCAAUUUUAUAUGUAGAUAUAUAAAAGCCU